AUGGCUCCAGGCAGCGGACGCGAUUUCAACUGCUCAUGGGAGCACUGUGGAAAGUCCUUCAAUCGUAAAUCAGAUCUUUGUCGCCAUUAUCGCAUCCACACCAAUGAGCGGCCGUACCAUUGUACUGUAAAGGACUGCAACAAGAGCUUUAUCCAGCGCAGUGCCUUGACCGUACACUCAAGGACUCACACGGGCGAAAAGCCACAUGUCUGUGACCAUGAAGGCUGCCAGAAGGCAUUCUCCGAUUCGUCGAGUCUAGCCCGCCAUCGCCGAAUCCACACGGGAAAGCGGCCUUACAUAUGCCACGAGCCGACCUGCGAACGGAGUUUCUGUCGCAAGACCACUCUCACCAAACACCAACAUCGCUCGCACCCUCCAGGCAGCAUGACCCGACCAUCGUCAGAAGACACGACCUCGGAGCACUCUUACCACCAAACGCCCGUAUCAGUCUCCAGCCCGAAUGAGCAGUACAUGCUUGCGCAGCAACCUUAUUACCCGCAAUCGGCGACCCCCAGUCAUGAGUUUUACUCGCCGCAGAGUGCGCCGAUGGGCUCGGUGCCAGUUCACGAAAAUGCGCCUCCGAUCGUGUCGCAGAAUGUACCGGUGUCUUCUCCGAUGCCUAUGGCACAUCAGCCACACCCGCAACAUCAUGCGCAUCAACAUCCGCAGCAGCAGCAGCAGCAACAGCAACAGCAACAACAAUAUAUACAGAUGAUGCGCUACGACACGAGCCCACGCACAAACUACCUCCCCGAGCAAUAUUCACACCCGCCCUUUCAAGGCCACCAAAUGCCGCCCGAUCAGCCGAUGAUGGUAUCAUAUCAUCCAAACUAUGCGUACAAACCCCCAGGCUCCCGGCUCCUGAAUCAAGCAGAGGGGACUGACUGGGGCUUUUUGGGAGUAGGUUAA